GCGAACAUGUCGGAAGAUGGCCCAGCCGUGGUGCAGUUCAGGGUCAUCGGCGAGAAUUUUGACCUCGAGUUCGAGUCCGAGAUGGCCAUCCGGGACGUGAAGAAGAUCGUCGCGGAGGAGAGCGGCAUUCAGCCCGAGCACAUGCGGCUGCUCUACAAGGGCAGGCUCUUGAAGGACGCUCUUACCCUUGAGCAGGAGGGGUACGAUGCUGCCGAGCCAGUGAACGUGCUCUACACCGCAGGCCACACAGCCCUCGUCGGCGGCAGCCAGAAGCAGGAGUUCUGGUUCGUUUUCGUCGCCGUGGCCUUCGCCACGCAUGGCGUCUGGAAGCACACCCUGGCCCAAAAUUGCGCGUUGGUGCUGCGAUUCAGGUCUCCGUGGGCCUUGUUUCGGUGCAGGCAAGCUUGCCAAUUUAUUGUGCUCUUCGUUCAGUUCAUCUCAGCGCCAGGUGAUUCGCAACCCAUUUAAUCCGCCAGUGCGUGGCAUCCCGGGGUCCAAGGGCAGCCGCUGCUCGCGCAUGUCUGGCCGCCCGGGCGGCAUGGGCCUCAUCCGCAAGUACGGCAUCAUGAUGAAGCGCCAGG